AUGGAGAGAGUCCAUGAACUAGAAGAUGAAGGUGGUGGUGAUGAUGAUGAGGGAUUUUUCGAGCAAUUUUCAUCUACAAUGUUGGAGAUAUGCCAAUUCGAGCUCCUAAGAGUCCAUGAAGAAGAAGAUGGAGGUGGUGGUGAUGAUGAGGAGGGAUUUUCGCAGUGA